GGCCGCGACGCUGUCCCUGCGGGCGGGUGCGCACGUCGUGUCGCGCGUCCCGCCCUGCCCCGCUUGGUCGCGCGAAGGUUAAAAACCCGUCCAGGGCUGCUUGCGCGAGAAGAUCAAAAUGAUCCGGAUCACGAGACGCAAUAGGAGACGACAGCACACCUGCAGGGAUCAAACGUAAGGAGUCUCCGAGGCGAGAAUUGAUAUGGAAAGAAAGAGACUGAACGCAAUAUAAUAAACGGACGACGGGCUUCUUGAAGACCAGAAAUUGAAGUAACUGGUGAAUCGUGAGUGUGAAUUAGAGGAACAUUUGUCGAGUCGUAGUUAUUCCAGUAGCACAUUUUCCCCCCCAAGUUUGUCGAUUACAAACUGAAGGAAUCAUGAAUGUGCCGGAUGUCGUUUACCUCGCUUCUUCAAGAAACAGCGCUUUCGUAUGGAAUGCCGAUGAUUGGCUCAGGCUUCGGCGGGAUCACAGAAUAAUCGGCGAGUUAGUCGGCUCGUUCCCGAAAGCGAGCAGACAAGAUAUAUUCUUGGGUCUCCCGUUGCUCUUGUUGCCGGAGGAGGUCACUCUGUUGCUCGAAAAGAAGAUAGCUCGCCUCGUAGAGUAUACAGGUCUAAAGGCACAGCCGGACGAAUUGUUAAGCGAGAGAUUUCGGGAGUACAAAGAGAAGCUGUUCCUGGAGCAAGCGGACUGUUUGAGAGACAAUAGAAAGAGACAAAUUUCCUCUAUGAUGGGCAAAAUUGUAGAAGGAAAGAAGCGGAAGAUGUUGGGCUUGCACACAAGCAAAAAGAACAUGAAGAAGCCGCUGGAUAAGAAGACGCAGGAGGCCCUGGACAAUAUUGAGAUCGAUACCGACACUCUGCUCGAGGAGGAACUGGCGAAGUUGCCUAAACUGAGCAAAAACGAUGCACUUGUUCAAAUACACACAGCGUAUCCCUGGUCCGACAAGGACAAUGUGAAAACAGUGGAAUGGAAGCACCCACUGACGUCCGAGCAACAGCUUAGGUACAAGGUGUACAAGGAUCUCUGGGAGAGGCAAUAUUACAUCACCAGUGGGGAGAAAUUCGGUGGCGACUUUCUGGUGUAUCCAGGUGAUCCGAUAAUGUUUCACUCGCAAUACGUGGUACAGUGUAGACGCAAGGACGAGGAGAUACCAAUCACGGAAAUCGUGGCACAGUGUCGACUCAGUUGUCACGUCAGAAAGACGUUGGUGCUCGCUACGUAUAACGAAGAGAAAGAUGUAGUGAAAUAUCAGUCUUUUCAGUGGUCGGAAUCUAGUAUGUUAAAAAACAGCUGAUAUAAAAUAUUUUUUAAUUAUCAAGAAUUAUUUGACGCCAGUACAUACACGACUAGCAAUAA